AUGGGCAUGAUGCAAGAAAAUGAUCCGGGCUGGCCAGGUAUGGAGAACAUCCUCAGUAUCAUGCUUGAGAGUCGAUAUGAGCGAACAGGAAACAUUGCCGACCUAGAGGAAGCAAUCAGCGUGACUCGUCAAGCAGUCGAUGCCACUCCUGAAGACCACCCCGACCGCGCAGGCAGGUUAAACCUCCUGGGAAUCAAUCUUCAGAGUCGGUAUAAACGGACUGGGGAGAUAGGCGACCUAGAGGAAGCAAUCAGCGUGGCCCGUCAAGCAGUCGACGCCACUCCUGAAGACCACCCCGACCGCCCAGCCUGGUUGAACAACCUGGGAAUCCAUCUUCAGAGUCGGUAUGAACGGACUGGAGCGAUGGGCGACCUAGAGGAAGCAAUUAGAGUGGCUCGUCAAGCAGUCAACGCCACUCCUGAAGAUCAUACCCUCCGCCAAGCCUGGUUGAACAACCUGGGAAGCAGACUUCAGAGUCGGUAUAAACGGGCUGGAGCGAUGAGCGACCUAGAGGAAGCAAUCAGCGUGGCCCGUCAAGCAGUCAACGCCACUCCUGAAGACCACCCCGACCGCCCAGGCGGGUUAAACCUCCUGGGAGUCAAUCUUCAGAGUCGGUAUGAACGGACUGGGGAGAUAGGCGACCUAGAGGAAGCAAUCAGCGUGACUCGUCAAGCAGUCGACGCCACUCCUGAAGACCACCCCGACCGCGCAGCCCGGUUAAGCAACAUGGGAAUGAAUCUUGGUCGCCGGUAUCAACAGACUGGGGAGAUAGGCGACCUUGAUAAUGCCUCUAAUUAUCUCCAAAUGGCUUGGAACACAACAAUGGCCAUUCCCUUUCAUCGUAUCCAGGCCGCCUCUCAGUGCAUCAAGUUGCUUGCCCUCCAGCGCAAGAUAGACACUGCUAUAUCGCUUGGUAAAGAUGUCAUUAAUCUAUUGCCCACGGUGAACACAAAACUUCUCGGCCGCAGCGAUCAACAGUACGUCGUAUCGACCUUUGCAGGCGUAGCUGCCGAUCUUUGCGCACUGCUCCUGGCAUCAGACCAGACCUGCGACGCCCUUCACUUCCUAGAGAAAGGCCGGGCGGUCAUUCUGAGUCAGCUAAUAGACAGCCGGAGCGACGUGUCCCAUUUGGCACAGAAACAUCCAGAGAUUGCUCGCCGCUACGAAGAGCUCCGCGACGAGGUCAAUACUCCCCUGGUCGGCCUUGAGCAAGAUGCUCUAAGAGAACAGGGCAGGCGACGUCGUCAAGCCGCCCUGGACUUGGACGCCUGUAUAGGAGAGAUCCGAAACAUUAUGGGUUAUGAGCGAUUCUUGCUCGGUCAGACAACAGCCGAGAUGCAACAGUGCGCAGCGGGAGGCAGCAUCCUAGUAGUUAAUAUCACGGAGUUCCGGAGCGACGCCAUUAUUGUUUCACCCGCGGCCAUCAAGGCAAUCAACCUCUCUGAGUUGUCUGCAUCAGACGCAAAGGCCUGGCUGAGUAAAGACUGGACCGGCCGGAGAGCCGAACGUGCAGCGAAAAAUCGAGAGUAUUUGGCCUACCUGGCUUGGCUCUGGAAGUCUUGCGUCAGGCAGAUACUAGAUGAGCUGCGCAUACUCCACGAGCCAGCAGCGCAAGACCUCUCGAGAGUGUGGUGGAUCGGGAGUGGUCUUGCUAGCUCGAUGCCUUUCCAUGCAGCCAGCAUACACCGCAUCGGCGCGACCGAGACCGCCUACCACAAGGUGGUCUCGUCGUAUAUACCGUCGAUCAAAGCGCUGGCCCACGCUCGAAGGCGAACCGAGAAUUUGGAAAUGACACAGGGGUCGCUCUUGGUAGUAACGAUGCCGGCAACGCCGGCUGACGGCCAGAGGCCACUGUCUGGCCUUCCCGGUGUCACUCGAGAAAAGGACAUUCUGUUGGGGCUGAGCAGGGGACACAUUUCGGCAGAGCACAUGGAGCAGCCCAGCGUUGAUCAGGUGUUCGAAGGACUACGGCGGUGCUGCAUCGCACACUUUGCGUGCCACGGGUCGACGGACCAUGUGGAUCCAUCGAACAGCGGACUCAUAUUGCAGAGGCGCAGAGAGGAUUACGUGGGUAAUGGGGGCAAUGGAAACGACAACGAAGUCGAGCUCGUUCAGGACAGACUUACGGUGGGGACGAUCUCGGAAAUGAACCUCAAGCAUGCGCGGCUGGCCUACCUAUCGGCCUGCUCGACGGCGCAAAACAAGGUAGUGAGGCUGUGGGACGAGGUCAUCCACGUGGUGAGCGGAUUCCAGAUGGCAGGGUUUCCACACGUGGUCGGCUGUCUCUGGCCGUCGAAUGAUAGGGUGUGCGUGGAGGUGGCGAGAGGGUUCUACUCGUCGGUCUUCAGGCAAGGGGAGGGGGGCUGGAGGGAUGGAGAGAUGGCGGCGGCACUGAGAGAGGCGGUGAUGGCGGUCAGGGGGGAUAAGAUGGAGACGCCGCUGCAUUGGGCGCAGUUUGUUCACUACGGUCCCUAA